AUCCGCAAACGCAGGGGUCGUCUUCCCCAUACCCGGUAAACGCAACGACAUAUUCCGUCUCGGUUUAGGCUUCGUGGUUGACCCUUGGCAAUAUCUCUAUAAGAUGGCGGUCUUCCUCGUCUUCGUGUUAGUUAGGUGUAAGUGCUGUGCCUUGUAUCCGUAGGCUUCCGUACUCACCUUCUUGGCGACCCUUUCCGCUGUCUAUUAUCUAGUAAUAUAAGUCAUAUUCACUCAAGAAUAUCAUCAGCAAAAAUGAAGGCUGCCACAGCAUUCGCACUUCUUGUGGCCGGCGCCCAGGCCGCUCCGCAUUACACCUUUCCCAAGCUUGCUGGCACGUCGGACUGGUCUUCGGUGCGCACGACGGCCAACUUCCAGUCCAACGGUCCCGUGACCGAUGUCAACUCGGACGCAAUCCGCUGCUACCAGCGGGACGCCGGUGGUGCUCCCGACACCACUCAGGUGAAGGCCGGUGGGCAGAUCACUUGGGUCGCUGCUCCGAACAUCUACCACCCUGGAGCUCUCUCCGCCUACAUGGCCAAGGUCCCUUCAGGCCAGACCGCCGCCGACUUCGACGGCAAGGGCAAGGUGUGGUUUAAGGUAUACCAGGACAUGCCGACAACCUCCGGCGGCCAAUACACAUGGCCAUCAAACGGCAAGGCCCAAGUGAGCUUCACCGUCCCACAGUGCCUGGCGGAGGGCGACUACCUUUUCCGCAUCGAGCACGUAGCUCUGCAUAGCGCGAGCGCGGCCGGCGGCGCCCAAUUCUACAUCUCCUGCGCGCAGGUUCACGUCAGCGGCGGCUCCGGCUCGGCCCAACCUAAGGACCUUGUCUCCUUCCCCGGCGCAUACAAGGCUACUGACCCCGGUCUAAUGAUUAAUAUCUACAACAACGGCGGCAAGGCGUACCAGCCCGCCGGCCCGUCGGUCUUUACUUGCUAGAUAGAGAGUAGACACUCAUUAGCCAAUUGGCUGUUUGUUUAGGAUUAUGACAAGCAAUCAGGCUUUUGGAUUUAUGAGUAUAUACCUAGGUAGUUAAGACAAGUAUAAUGAUAUCUUUGAAACGUUGUAUUACCAAUUAGUAUCGGCUAUCGAUGGUAGGAACACCAUCCUACCCGACAGCGCUACCGAGGAGUUACCCUUCAUGAUUGCAGGUAUCGUGUAAUUGGCUGGUUGGUGUAUAAUACUUCGCCCUCACGUGUCUUGGAAGUAUAUACCCCCUUAGGGUAUCAAUAAUAUUGGAUCUGUCUAGGUAAUAAUUAUUGACGCC